AUGGUGCCAACAAGGAUAACACAAAUGCCCCCUGAACCCCCACCUGUCCAGGUGGGGACCCUGCCGUGGCCCCAACCACCCAGGAACCAUUGGAGGCCUGUUUUGGGGGGCUCCGGGUGGACCCGGGAUGUGCUGGGGGAUUUGAGGGGCGCGGGGUGCGAAUGCCUGGCAAGGCAGGGGGUGCGGGGCCGGGGAGGGCGGGGGUCAGGGUAUGGGGGUCGGGGCUCGGGGGCGGCGCCGGCGCGGGUGGAGGCGUGGGGCGCGGGGCUCGGGGUGCGGGGGGGGGCGCCCACACCAGCCCCGCCCCGCGCCCCUCCUCCCCGCUCCGCCCGCGCUGGGGGCGGCCGGCGGCGGCGGCGGCGCACGCUUCCUGCGGGCGCGGCUGCUGGGCGCGGAGCUGCGAGGCGAGGCGAGGCGAGGCGAGGCGAGGCGAGGCGGAGCCGGGCCGCGGAGCCGGAGCCCCGAGCCGAGCCGCCCCGCGCUGCGCCGCGCCGCGCCGCGCCGCGCCGCGCGUCCGCUCCCGCCGCCGAGCAGCCGCCCCGCGCCCGCGCUCGGUCGGGAACAAAAGGCGCUGCCGCCAUGAAGCCGGGGCCGCCGCACCGAGCCGGGGCCGCGCACCGGGCUGGCGCGGGGGCCCGAUCGGCGGCCGGGCCCGGGGCCCGCGGGCUGCUCCUGCCGCCGCUGCUGCUGCUGCUGCUGGCGGGCCGCGCCGCGGGGACUCAGCGCUGGCUCAGUGAGAACUUUGAGAGACCAGUGGACCUCGAAGGCUCCGGGGAUGAUGACGCCUUCCCCGAUGAUGAGCUGGAUGACUUGUACUCGGGGUCUGGCUCAGGCUACUUCGAGCAGGAGUCGGGCAUAGAGACAGCCAUACGGUUCAGCCCAGAUGUGGCCCUGGCAGUAUCCACCACCCCUGCUGUGCUGCCCACUGUGGACAUCCAGCCCAUGGGCACCCCAUUCGAAGAGGUCUCCUCUGAGCAACCCACACCGGAACCAGCCACCAGCCCUCCUAUAGUGACGACGGUCCCAGAGGAGCCCAGCCAGAGCGCCACCACUAUCUCCAUACCCACAGCUACUCCUGCUGCCACCACACCCGAGGUCCCAACUGUGGCUGUAGUGCCUGCCACAGUGGCCACCACUACCCCCAGCAUCCCUGCGGCACCCCCUUCCACGGCCACCACCUCCGUCAUAAGGACCACCGGCAUUCAGAGGCUCCUGCCUCUUCCACUGACCACAGCAGCCACAGCCCGGGCCACCACGCCAGAGGCACCCUCACCGCCCACCACAGUGGUCAUCUUGGACACAGAGGCCCCAACACCCAGGCUGGUCAGCACAGCUACCUCCAGGCCCAGGGCCCUUCCCAGGCCAGCUACCACCCCGGAGCCUGCCAUCCCUGAGGAGACCACCCUGCCACUGCGCGCCACGGUCCCAGAGCCCACAGAGCCAGCUCAGACUCCAACUCCAGAGUUCUUCCUCACCACAGUCCAGGAGGAACCAGAGGUGCCAGUGAGUGGGGGGCCCAGCGGGGACUUUGAGCUGGCAGAGGAAGAGACCACGCAGCCAGACACGGCCAAUGAGGUGGUGGCUGUGGGAGGAGCUGCAGCCAGGCCGUCACCUCCUACUGGGACGCUACCCAAGGGUGCUCGCCCAGGCCCUGGCCUCCUGGACAAUGCCAUUGACUCGGGCAGCUCAGCGGCUCAGCUGCCUCAGAAGAGCAUCUUGGAGCGGAAGGAGGUGCUCGUAGCCGUGAUUGUGGGCGGGGUGGUAGGUGCCCUCUUCGCCGCCUUCCUCGUCACGCUGCUCAUCUACCGCAUGAAGAAGAAGGACGAGGGCAGCUACACGCUGGAGGAACCCAAGCAGGCGAGCGUCACGUACCAGAAGCCUGACAAGCAGGAGGAGUUCUACGCUUAGCAGAGCCCUGGUGCCUCCCUGCAGCCUCAGCACUGCCCCUCUGCCCAGUCCUCUGCCCGGGGUAGCCCCACCAGCUGGGGCUGGGCCUGAGAGGGAGCCUGGCCCACUUCAUCUUUGCCCACCUUCCCACCAUUGCCCAGACUGCCAGCCACACACAGAUGUCCCCCGAGGGAGGGAGGGUUCUGCUCUAGACUGACCUUAUGAGAUCAUCUCUGUCUCCCACCACCCUGGCAUAUAUGUGAGGGCCUCAUGUCUGAUGCGCAGGUGGAAGGAAGCUCCCGACUGGCUGGUGAAGGAAGGAGUAAGGCUUGAGGUGGCCUUCAUUUCCAGCC